CUUGUUUCAGGAAAAGCGCCUGAACAUAUUUUCUCUCUCGCUAGCUGAACGAGACAGGACGGCCGCGUCAGUGCCAAGGAGAAGGCGUAGACUUCCUCCAAACAUUUCCUCCGCCAUCUCCGCUCUCGAGACUCAACGUUUGGUGGAAUCUUUGUCACGAGAGGAAAGAGGGUUUUAUUAUUUUUUUUUUACCUGCUAUUUCUUUCACCAAAAACCACCUGGUUGUGCCUUUCCUUGAGAGGGAUUCCAGCUUUUCCUCAAACAUCUGAACUUGUUUUGCAGACAUGGACUGGGGAACAGAUCUUUGGGACCAGUACGAUCACAUCGAAAAGCAUACGCAGUGUGGUCACGACCUCGUGGAUCGUUACAUUAAGUUUGUGAGGGAACGGACAGAAAUAGAGCAGAACUAUGCCAAACAACUCAGGAGUCUAUCAAGGAAAUAUGCCAAACGAGGGAGCAAGGAAGAGCAAGACUGCAAAUUCAGCAAUCACGCAUCACUUCAGGAGAUCCUGAACGAGCUGAACGAUUACGCCGGCCAACGGGAGCUCAUAGCUGAAAACAUGAUGACCGGCAUCUGUGUGGAACUCACCAAGUACCUUCAAGAUCUAAAACUGGAACGCAAAACACACCUGUCUGAUGCCAAGAAGGCCCAGCAGAAUUUAGAGCUCAGCUUAAAAAACCUAGAAAGUAGUAAGAAGCGCUUUGCCAAGGAGUGGGCGGAGGCUGAAAAAGCCACACAACAAGCAGAUAAAAUAGAGAACGACCUUAAUGCCACCAGGCUUGAUGUAGAUAAAGCCAAGCAACAUGCCCAUGCCCGGACACACGCAGCGGAGGAGUGCAGGAACGACUAUGCCGCACAGCUCCAGAAAUACAACAAGGAACAAAACUUCUUCUACUACUCAGAGAUACCGCAGAUCUUCAACAAAAUGCAGGACAUGGAUGAGCGGAGGAUUCGGCGGCUGGCGGAGGGAUACUGCCAGUUUGCAGACAUCGAGAAAAAGGUGCUGCCCAUCAUCACCAAGUGUUUAGACGGAAUUUCUACGGCAGGGAAGAAAAUUAAUGAGAAACAGGACUCGAUACUGUUCAUAGAGCAGCACAAGUCUGGUUUUGAGCGACCUGCAGAUGUUGAGUUUGAAGACUACAUCCAAGGAAUCAAACCAGCAACCUCUGACUCCAGUCUCAACCCACCUAAAGCUCGUGCCAAGCUCUGGCCUUUCAGCAAGAAGACCAAGGCACAUGCUGCAGAAGAUUUCUCUCACCUUCCUCCAGAGCAGAGGAAGAAGAAGCUACAGGCGAAGAUUGACGACAUCACCAAAGAGCUGCAGAAGACACAGGACCAAAGUGACGCACUGGAGAAGAUGAAGGGUGUGUACGAGAAGAAUCCACAGAUGGGAGACCCCUCCAGCCUGGAGCCUCAGAUCUCAGAAACUGCCCAGAACAUUGGCCGCCUGAGGGGGGAGCUCGCCAAAUAUGAGACAUGGCUGGCAGAAGCAGUGGGAAGAGAGGAGACUUCCAAUGCCAUCAACAACAAUUCUCAAUAUUGUGUUGUAGCAGCUGAACAGCAUCCGAACAUCUACACAGAGUUCGAGGACGAGUUUGACGACGUAGAAACUCCUGUCGGCCAGUGCACGGCUCUGUACACCUUCGAAGGCAACAGUGAGGGCACCGUUUCCAUUACGGAGGGAGAGAUGUUGACUAUAAUGGAGGAGGAUAAAGGAGAUGGAUGGAUGAGAGUCCUUAGAGCCAGUGGAGAAGAGGGCUAUAUACCUUCAUCCUAUGUCAAACUUGCCCCAUAACACACACACACACACACACACACACAGAGCUUGUGAUGGGAAAUAAGUAAAGAGCCAAAGGUUAAAACAAAGUCAUCCACGAUAACUGGAGCUGUUCUCUACAUCUUUUAUCUCAGCCAGUGACGUUUAUAGUGAGAUGAAAGCGAGUGAUUAGAAAGCUCCUUAUCAAUGAUUGCAAUAUCAUACAGUCCCUGUCUCUGUGGCAGGAGAGGCUUUCUCUAAACGCAGACUAUCUGAUCUUUAUAGAUUUAAGCUUUUAAAAAACUUUUGAAUGUAUAUCUGAACUUUUUUGUCACAGCGUUAAGUGACGACUUGUGUAACAUAUUCAGCAUAAUAGUAGCCUAAAAGCUGCAUGUCUUUAUAUCCACUCACUUGACUUUCCCACUGUCAUCUCUGAUAACCUGCUGAACUUCUUCUUUUUGUAACACCAGCCCUCAUCUAAAACUUCUUGCCUGAUAGGAUAAUGUGAUUUUUUUUUUCUUCUUGUCAUAGUGAUGUUAUGUUUUUUUGACUUAUAACUGGAUGAAAACCACUGCUCUAUAGGGAGUGCACACAUUCCAAUAUCUCUCAAUGGACUGUCAUGGUAAAGGGUUCACAUUUUUAAAUCUUUGAGUAGAUCUUACAACAAUAGUGAGGUGCCCAUAUGAAUAUUGAAAUAGGUUUUGCUUGCUGUGACCAUUCCUCUUGUUCAUACAGGCCCUGAAGAGAUCCCUUCCUAAUGUGCUUCUAAUGUAAGUGAUUGGGGGGGGGCACAGUCUGAGUUAGACUAAUCAAGUGGGUAUCUUCCAAAUACAAUUUUAUACUAAAAAGAGUAACAAUGGAAGACUGCCUCAUAUUGGCUUCAAAUAAACAUUGGAAUUAACAACAAAUACACACAAAAACAAGGGCUGUGGAUUAUCGUCCCUUAUCACUUAAAUUGGAGGCACUUUAGGAAAGCAUGUUUUAACGCCCAGUAUGAAGGAAGGAAGAAUAGUUACAGCAAGCAAAAACUGCUUCAGUGUAUAUACUGUAUGGGCAUGUUUUGUUUCAAGAAGAAAAGAAGAAAAAAAAAGUGAAACUAAUCUUUUACCUCCAUGUGAUAUGUUACAGUGUGUCUACUAAAGGGAGACUUGCAAGGAUACUUGCUUUGCAAUGUUUUUGUAAAUGUAAGACAUGGUGGGUGAAAAAGCACAGUGGCAAUAACGUUCAAAGUUAAAGACAGGAUUAAUUCCCGGCUUAAAUACCAGGUAAACUGCCUGCGUUUAUAGGUUGCUGCUUCCGAGAUCAUCACAUAGCACUGACAACAACAAAUUAACAAUAUGUGCAACUCAAAAGUGGAUAACGAGCAAUAAUUAAGUCCUUGUCUUCAUUUUUCAACUUUAACUUUGCACAGAAAGUUUUUUCUUUGACGGUUUAUUAUGUAUACUUAUAUACUGGUUUUACAUGGUUUAACCACCUGUUUUCAUAUUUUGAGCCUCCAGAUUAUCACUCUUAUUGGCCUUCUCAAAUUCUCUGAAACAAUGGACAUGUUAGAAAACGUGUCAUUGUUCUGAAUUGAAAUCCAGAUGACCAGUUCAACCAAAUUUCAAAUGAAUUAAUGACACCAGGGUCGAUUUCUAAGGAAGAAAAUAGGCACCUUUAAAAUCUGAUAGGAGUGUUUAAAGACGCACUCCAGACGUGUUUUAUGACAUGAAAAUACUUUUGCUUUAAGCAAUUUGUCUGAUAUGGUCAAUUAACUCUAAAAAUAUUUAAAUUACUUUUACUCCUAUCUCUAAUCUGUGAAUAUGAAUAUUUUUUCAUUACAAACGUUGGACACAAGUUUCUUCCUACUUCACUGAAAAGUUCACUUUUUUAGUGACUGUGCAUUUGAGGUUUCAAGUUUCCACAUCACACUAAUUGAACGUUCGUUUGAACACGCUUGGAACUUGCAUUGAAGGCGAGUGCAGAGAAACUUUCCUCCUUCAGCAGAAAAUCAAACUUCUAGUUUCAAACUGCACAAUCAUAACUCUUUAAAAAUCUAAUUCUCAUUGAGCCACAUACUGUUAACCUAUCCUUUUUCUCUACCACUUUAAGGGGUAUAAUUGUAUGAUACGUUUUUAAAAAGAAAAUGUAUGUAUUUACGUGUAUUGUUUGAGUCAUAAAGUGAAAUCGUGAAAA